AUGCUGCAACAACCAGUAUCGAGGGAAUUGCGCUCGUUUCAAUCACUUUCCCGAUUUUCUGGACCGCGUGGAUUGCUUAACAGGCGUCAGUCGAAUUCUAGGCGUUAUUUGCAAUCACGGCGCAGAACUACCGAAUCUUGCGUGGGUGAUCCCCAGGUGUUAUCCGCACUGGGACCCGGUCCAUCCACGGAAUAUAGAAGCUUUUUGCCGUAUACGAAAAAAACUUUUUCGUUGUCUAUGGAAGUAAGCCCAUUACGACCAUGGCAUGAUAGUAUUCUGGAAGAAGACGAUUAUCAGAAACAAACCCAAGUUGGUUGGGAUAGUGAAGCGGAUAUUAUCAACGAAGAAUGCGAUUUACCCUAUCCAGGAUUUACGGAACCAGCAUUACACUGUUUACGGCAAGCUGUACCACCACGUUCGUGGGCGUUACGGAUGGUUAUGAAUCCGUGGUUUGAUCGAAUUACAAUGAUUGUUAUCUUGAUUAAUUGUGUAACGCUUGGAAUGUAUCGGCCAUGUGAGGAUAACGAUAACUGCACGACAUAUCGUUGCUAUGUUCUCUCAACUAUUGAUCAUGUCAUUUUUGCAUAUUUUGCUUUAGAAAUGAUGAUCAAAAUAGUUGCACUCGGGUUCUGUGGCUCAGCCGCUUAUCUUUCUGAUACUUGGAAUCGCCUUGAUUUUUUCAUUGUUUGUGCAGGGUGUGCAGAAUAUCUAUUGCAAGAAUAUUUGGGUAAUAUAAAUUUAACCGCUAUACGAACAAUUCGUGUACUUCGACCAUUACGUGCUGUUAAUAGGAUACCAUCUAUGAGAAUUCUUGUUAAUCUAUUAUUGGACACAUUACCGAUGCUCGGUAAUGUAUUGUUGUUGUGUUUCUUUGUCUUCUUCAUAUUUGGUAUUGUUGGUGUUCAGUUAUGGGCCGGACUGCUCAGAAAUCGUUGUGUUAUUAGCUUACCAAAAAUAAAUGCUGGUAUUGAUGUCGCAGAUAUAUCACUUACACGAUAUUAUAUACCGGAAGACACCUCUCUAGAAUAUAUUUGCAGUCAAGCGGAUUCAUCAGGUCUUCACACAUGCAAUAAUCUACCUCCUUACGUACACAACGGAGUUAAAUGUAAUUUGACGAUAUAUGAAUGGGCAAAUAUAAAAAAUGACACAACGGCAUGUGUAAAUUGGAACGCUUACUAUAGUGAAUGUAAAGUUAUGCAUCGGAAUCCAUUCCAAGGAUCGAUAUCUUUUGAUAAUAUUGGUUUCGCAUGGAUUGCCAUCUUUCUGAUAGGUGCAUUUUUCAUGAUCAAUUUAUGUUUGGUUGUUAUUGCAACACAAUUUGCGGAAACAAAACGACGCGAAACAGAACGAAUGAUUGAAGAAAGGAAAAGACUACGAUCGUCGGGAUCUCUUAGUAGCGAUCAAGCUCAUUCAUCGAGAGAUGAUGAAGCAGGUGACAGCAUAUAUGCAACUAUAGUUAAAUCUAUAAGACAUUAUUCUCGUCGACUAAAAAGAAGAUUUUUGAAGCAAUGGAAAAUUUGGAAAGAACGUUUUGCGAAUAGGUGGAAAUUCUUCAAAAAUCUUUCAAAUAAUACUCACCCAAAAACUGCAAAUUCGGAAGAAACGAAGAUGAAAGAUAUUCAAGUAGCUAAUGCUGAUACAGAAAACACUGUAGAUGAUAAAUUAUUGCCGUUGGAAAGUACACACUGUGAAGAAAGUAAAUUACAAGGCAGUAUUAAGAAUCUAAAAUGGAAUGGAAGUAUGAAUGAUUGUACAACAAACAGUCUGGAAAGCGAUAUAGAGAUGGGUUCAACCAAUGACAACCAGCUUAUCUCUCUGAAAAAAUCUCUUCGAGUGGGAGACUUAUCGAGCGGUGAGGAAAGUGAUGUGGAGCUUUCCGAUCAACUAUCCGGAACCGGAAGUGAGCUUGAAUAUGAUAAUGUUGGCGGUGUUGGUAGCAACGACGAUUACGGUCAUAGUUUCCACUUCAAACCGGAGGAUCUGACUAAAACAAAUUCCACACUAUUUGGUCGAUUUCGUGAAAAGCUUCGAGCAUUUGUGGUUUGUAAUCAUUUCAAACGCGGUAUUUUAUUCGCUAUUUUGAUCAAUACUCUCAGCAUGGGUGUCGAGUACCAUCAGCAGCCGGAAUUGUUAACAACAAUCUUAGAAAUCAGUAAUUACUUCUUCACUGGUUUAUUCGCAUUGGAAAUGUUGCUCAAAAUAGGUGCAGAUGGUUUAUUUGGAUAUCUUUCAGAUGGCUUCAAUCUUUUUGAUGGCGGAAUAGUCGCAUUGAGUGUGUUGGAAUUAUUUCAAGAAGGAAAGGGAGGAUUAUCAGUGCUUCGAACAUUUCGUCUACUUCGAAUUUUAAAACUGGUCCGAUUUAUGCCCGCUUUACGGUAUCAAUUGCUUGUUAUGCUACGUACGAUGGAUAAUGUGACAGUAUUCUUCGGAUUACUCGUCCUUUUCAUCUUUAUUUUCAGUAUACUCGGAAUGAAUUUGUUUGGAUGUAAAUUUUGCAAAAAUCCUGCUACUGCAAUGGAUCAGACAAAAAAAUGUGAACGAAAAAAUUUCGACUCUCUCUUAUGGGCAUUGGUCACUGUUUUUCAGGCAUGUACCUCAUUUGUGCAUGCAAUUUUAACACAAGAAGAUUGGAAUGUCGUUUUAUUUAAUGGUAUGGCUCGCACAACACCUUGGGCUGCUCUAUACUUUGUUGCUUUGAUGACAUUUGGUAAUUAUGUGCUGUUUAAUUUGCUUGUUGCCAUCCUGGUUGAAGGUUUCCAGGAAAGUAAAGAAGAAGAAAAACGACAAUUGGAAGAAGAAGCUAUAAAAAAGGCAAAUGUUGAGGAAGAAGAAAGAAAACGAGAAUUGGAACUAUUCCUAGCCAGAGCUUCCUCAUCCACUUAUCUUAAUCAAAAGAAUCCUCCAGUGUAUUACACCUACAAUCAAGGGUCAGGCAAUUUUCAAGCGUUUCAAGAUGUAUACCGAAUGCGAUACAGUGUUCCAACAAGUGCAGAUAAUGAUGAGGAAAAUGAAAAAUCAUUGGAAUUAGGACAACGAUCGUUUCUUGCUAGACGAACCGGUAGUUUUAAUCGGCACCAUCCACUAAGAACUAUUAAUCCCAAUCUUAAUUUUAGGUUAGACCGACACACUUCACUUAUACUGCCUCAAAUGGCACCAAAGUUUGAGUCUUAUUCAAGCAGUGAAGUUCGACAACGUAUGAAUAGUUGGUGUGGAAUGCAAACAAGGCUCAAUCCAUUUCGCUCGAUCGGUGGCCAACAAGCUGUUAUUGAAGCUUACACAAGGGAUAG